AACAGCUGGGAAAUCUCAGAGCUCUUCGGCAACAGACAUGCUGAAUUUGGAGAACAACUGACUCUAAAAGUGAGCUCAUUUUUGGAGGACAGGAGAGACAUGACCCUUGCAGAAAGAUGUCAGAUAGCUUGUGUGUGCAUAUUUCUUCUUCUCCUUUGGGGAGGAGAGAGCUCUGAGGUCCAAAGAGCAGGUUGCAAGAGUGUUCACUAUGACCUCAUCUUCCUCUUGGAUGCCUCCUCCAGCGUUGGCAUCGAUGACUUCCAGAAGGUCCGCCAAUGGGUGAUUGAUCUGGUGGGCAGUUUUGAAAUUGGACCUGACAAAACUCGCGUGGGCGUUGUCCGUUACAGCACUCAGCCCAUCACAGAGUUUGAACUUGGCACGUACACCACGGAGGAGCAAGUCAAAGAAGCGGCAAAGAAGAUCAGGUAUCACGGGGGCAAUACAAACACCGGGGAUGCCCUGCGGUACAUCACAAUGCAUAGCUUUUCGGAAGAGGCUGGUGGGAGGCCAAGUGAUCCCAAUGUUAAAAAAGUCGUUAUUCUUCUGACCGAUGGCCGGAGCCAGGAUCACGUUUUAGAGCCAGCCAGCGCGGCACAUCAGCUAGGCAUCAAGAUCUUUGCUGUGGGAGUCGGCGAAGCUCUUAAAGAAGAGUUAGAUGAAAUUGCUUCUGAACCAAAGUCUGCUUAUACGUUCCAUGUUUCCGAUUAUGAUGCUAUCGAUAAGAUACGAGGACAGCUGAGGAGACGACUUUGUGAGAAUGUGCUGUGCCCUAGGGUCCGUGUGGAAGGAGACAGAUUCAAAGAGACCAAAGGAGAAUCUAUUCCAGGAUUUGACCUGAUGGAAUCGUUCAGCGUGAGGGAGAUCUUUGGAAUGAAAGACAACGGGAUCCAGAGCUCUUAUGUUCGGCUUGGUAGUUUCCCCAUCGUGCAGAAAACAGAAGAUGUCUUCCCCCAAGGCCUUCCAGAUGAAUAUGCCUUUGUCACCACCUUCAAAUUCCGCAAGGCCUCCCGGCGUGAAGAUUGGUAUAUUUGGCAAAUCAUUGACAAAUACGGCAUUCCUCAGGUAUCUAUCCGGCUGGAUGGCGAAAACAAGGCCUUGGAAUACAACGCUGUCGGGCUGAACAAGGAUGCGGUGAGGGUCGUCUUUCGAAACGGCCCGGUCAGUGAUUUGUUUGACCGUAAUUGGCAUAAGAUUGGCCUCAGCAUACAGUCCCAGAGUGUGACCCUCUACAUCGACUGCAAACUGGUUCAGACACUGCCGAUUGAAGAGAGAGAAAAUAUCAACAUUCAAGGGAAGACGGUGAUUGGCAAGCGCCUCUACGACAGUGUGCCAAUUGACUUUGACCUUCAGCGAAUGGUUAUUUACUGUGAUUCACAACAUGCUGAAUUGGAAACUUGCUGUGACAUUCCUUCUGGACCGUGUCAAGUGACUGUCGUUACGGUUGCUCCUCUGCCUGAAAUACCGCCUACCAUUGGAAACGAACAUGUUGGUCACAUCAACACAGUCAACUGCUCAUGUCCACCUGGAGAAAAGGGUGAAAGAGGCUACCCUGGGUUUGAAGGUCCGAAAGGCCAAAAGGGAGAAAUUGGACCGCUUGGACUACCUGGGCCGAAAGGAGAACGAGGAGAAUCGGGUGGAGGAUUUGGCAGAGCAGAGAAAGGAGAAAAGGGAUCCCUCGGUGCACCUGGCAUCCCAGGGAGAGAUGGCGCCAAAGGAGAGACGGGCGAACCUGGACUCUCUGGAGCAGCCGGACUCUCAGGACCUCCAGGGCCAAUGGGAGCCGAUGGUCAACCAGGACCCCCUGGACGCCCAGGUUAUGUCGGAGCACCCGGUUUGCAGGGAGAAAGAGGAGAAAAGGGACCCCGAGGGGACAAGGGAGAACCGGGACUUGAUGGUUUUCCUGGAAAACCUGGUACAGAUGGCCUACAGGGCAUCCAAGGGAGUCCAGGCCAACCUGGGCCGAUGGGACCUACAGGACAAAAGGGCUCCUUGGGUGAAAUGGGACCUCCAGGAAAACCUGGCUCAGCAGUACUGAUGGAAGGCUUGAAAGGAGAACAGGGAGAUCCUGGACCGCGAGGAUCACCGGGCCCUCCUGGAUCUCCAGGUAGUCCAGGACUCCCUGGGCCAGAAGGCAAGCCAGGACCUGAUGGUUUACACGGUCAAAGGGGUAAGAAGGGAGAGCCUGGUCUCCCAGGACCAGAUGGACUUCCUGGACUUCAAGGUCAGACGGGACCCCCUGGAGUUGCCGGCCCCCCUGGACCCGCAGGGCCUCCCGGGCUACCUGGAGAAAUUGGCAGAAAUGGCCAGCCCGGGCCACCAGGUAUACCUGGAAAAUCUGGCCUGGAUGGUUUACCUGGACUUCCUGGCUCAAAAGGAGAAAAAGGAGACAGGGGAGAUGAAGGGUUCCCUGGGAAAAUAGGCCCCAAGGGUGAAUCAGGUGAACCUGGCCUACCUGGUAGAGUUGGCGAGACGGGUGAAGCGGGCCUUCCAGGUCCAUCCGGUUUACCAGGAGUGAGAGGAGAAAAGGGAGACCAGGGUGAAAAAGGAAGAGCUGGGCUCCCUGGCUUUAAAGGUGAACGAGGAGAAAAGGGUGAUGUUGGCCCGGUUGGUCCCCCAGGAUUACCAGGAACAACAUCUGUGUUUACACCGCAUCCGAGUGCUCCUGGAGAAAGAGGACCCCCAGGUGAAAAGGGUGACCGUGGAGAAAGAGGUGAACCCGGAGCUCCUGGUAUCUCAGGUGAGCCAGGGCCACCUGGACUUGCAGGCCAGCAGGGUAUGAAGGGACAGGAAGGACCACUAGGAGGACCAGGUGCCCCUGGAGAGACUGGUGCUCCUGGGCCUGCAGGCCCCCCGGGUCCUCGUGGCUUGCCAGGAAAUGUGGGUAUACCUGGAGAUCCUGGCCGACCAGGAGAUGGUGGACAAAAAGGAGACAAGGGUGAUCCUGGGAAGGAUGGAAAACCAGGAGCACCUGGACCGGCAGGUGAGCCUGGAGCUGCUGGAGAACCAGGGUUACCUGGCAAGAUUCGAGAUGGCGAAAGAGGUGAAAGAGGACCAUCUGGUUUGCCUGGACCCCCUGGACACAAAGGAGAUCGGGGAGCCCCCGGUGUCCCUGGCCAGCCAGGAGACAGAGGUGUUCCAGGUAUUGGAGUCGUCGGACCGCCUGGCCCUAUGGGACCUCCUGGAGAGAAAGGGCCAUUGGGUCUCCGAGGUUCACCAGGCAUCCAAGGCCCUCCUGGACCAACGGGUCAGGAUGGUUUGCCAGGAAAUCCGGGUGAAAGGGGACCUCCAGGGAAACCGGGUUCCUCUCCACUGCUUUCUCCUGGUGAUAUAAGUCUCUUAGUUAAGGACAUAUGUACUGACUGUCCACCUGGACCACCUGGGCUCCCUGGGAUGCCCGGAUUCAAGGGCGAUAAAGGUGCCCAUGGCCCGCUUGGAAGAGAAGGCCCAGUUGGGAAAACGGGGGAGUCUGGACCGAGAGGUCAUCCCGGCCCACCAGGUGUGGAAGGAACCAAGGGUGCUAAAGGAGACCGUGGGACAACUGGUGAGGCCGGUCUGAAGGGUGAGCAGGGCCAUCCCGGCAUACCUGGCUUCUUGGGCCCACCUGGAAAUCCAGGCCCACCCGGCUCCGAUGGCCCUCCCGGACCUGCUGGACCUCCAGGGAAUCCUGGAGAUAUAGGUAAAGAAGGCCCACCUGGACCUCAAGGCCCACCGGGAUUGCCAGGACUCUUGGGCAUUCCUGGAAAAGAUGGCAAAGAAGGCAAGCUGGGGUCUCCUGGAGAACCAGGCAAGCCAGGAGAACCGGGGCUACCAGGACCAGAGGGAGCUAGAGGGUUGCCGGGCUUUAAAGGACCCAGGGGAGAUGCUGGAGCCCCUGGCUCAAGGGGAGAAGUAGGCCCAGCAGGCCCUCCAGGCCGAGAAGGACAGCCAGGAAAAGAUGGGGAUCCUGGCCCUGUAGGGCCCCCCGGUCCACGAGGUCUCAGAGGGGUGUCGGGCAAGAAUGGCUCACCAGGUCCUCCAGGAGAAAGUGGCACUCCAGGUAACCCAGGUCCAAAAGGAAGCAAAGGAGAAACGGGCAGCCCAGGACUUCCCGGAUUUAUGGGGCCACGAGGCCCUUCUGGAGAACCUGGUGAGAAAGGUCUUCCAGGGAAAGAAGGAACUCAAGGCAAACCAGGGGAGCUUGGAGGCAAAGGUGACCGGGGGGAUCCUGGCAGCAAAGGUGAAAAAGGUCCACCAGGAGAGAAAGGCCCCGCUGGUGAUCCUGGUGUUCCUGGUCGUAAAGGACACACGGGGUUAAUGGGUCCCCCAGGACCAUCAGGGGAUACCGGGCAGGCGGGACCUCCAGGCGCUCCAGGACAACCAGGAUUUCCUGGCCCAAGGGGAGAUCCUCCAUCACUUGAAACUCUCCGAAGGCUCAUUCAAGAAGAGUUAGGAAAGCAACUCGAUGCUAGACUCCCCUACCUCAUCAGUCAGAUGCAGCCAGCCCACUUCAAAGCACCUCAAGGCCGACCAGGGCCUCCGGGGUUGCCUGGUAAGGAGGGCCCCCCAGGUCGGCUGGGUCCUCAAGGAGAACCUGGCAGGCCUGGGCAGCCUGGGAUGGAAGGGCCAUCGGGACCUCCAGGCCAGAAAGGUGAAAGAGGAGACAAAGGAGAAAAAGGUGAAGCUGGUGUUGGUCAGAGAGGUGAAAUAGGCCCCCCAGGAAUUCCAGGUGUCCCGGGUGAACCAGGAUAUGCCAAAGAUGGGUUGCCAGGAGCACCAGGUCCACACGGUGAAGCAGGCAUUCCUGGCUUGAUGGGACCCCCCGGACCUCCAGGAACCAAUGGACAAUGUGACCCCUCUCAGUGUGCUUACUACGCAAGCCUAGCCGCCAGGCCCAGCAACGUCAAAGGGCCCUGAAAGGCAAAGCCCCUUCCAGGGACUUCCAAUGGACCUAAUUUUGAAACUUGAAUUCAACAAGGAAGUCAGGAGUUCGAACCUGUUUCACUCCUUAUUUCUUUGCAAGAGAGGCCUUUUGGAUUUUUAAAACCACCCAAUGCUGCCGGUCGGUUAAGUUUUAUUAUAAAUAGGAAAAUCAAUGGAUUGUUACUCUUUUAUGAGGCAAUAAGUGACUUUCUUGUGGUUCUUUUCUCUAAUAUCAGGGCAAGUUUAAAACGUUUUUAAGUCUUUUUUUUAAAUAUAAAAGUUGACAGUGAAGUAUAGCGCUCAUAAAAGCAAAAUCCGAGUUAGCGUGGAAAACAGAAAAGAAAUAUUGGCUGCUGAUUUUAUUUUGGGACAUUUACCGUGCAAUCCUAAGAAGAGUUACUCCAGUCCGAUGGGCUUAGGCUUGAGUAACUCUUCCUGGGAUUGCACUAUUAAACGUUUAAAAUGAUAAAACAAUUUGGAAGUGAGGGGAGUGGUGCUUGAACCCUUGAUCUCUCUGGAUUCUUGAGCAUGCAGAAAAGUGCCUCGCACUGAGUCAGGCCAUCUUGUAUAUGGGAAGUGGAUCCUAAGGGUCUCAGGUCGAGGUCUUUCACGUCACCUGUUACCUGAUCCAUACAGCAAAGUUAGAGUUCAAUAGCACUUUAUAGACCAACACAAAUUUUAGAGUAUAAUUUUCCAAGAGUCAAAGCUCUCUUUGUCUACACACUUGAAAGUACCUGAUCCUGAUAGUUGGCUAUUCUGGGUAUUGAACCUAGGACCUUCUUCAUGCCAAGCAGAUGGUCUUCCACUGAGCCAUGGCCCCUCUCUACAGGAAUUUUCACCUGCAGCUACCAUCUACCGAGACAGGUGAUUGGUCUAUCCAAGUCAGGCUCGUCUACUCAGAAUGACAGUGACAUUCUAGGGUCUCAGGCAGAGGUCUUUCACAUCACCCACUAUCCGAUCCUUUUAGAAGGAGAUGCCGGGGAUUGAACCUGGGGCCUUCUGCAUGCUAAGCAGGUGCUCUACCACGGAGCCACAGCCCCUCUCCCUGAACUUGUAGUGCUUCUUUCCUAGAUGCAGGGGAAGAGAAUCCUGGGCACUCCAGCUUUGUAAGAACACCUGAGGAAGAAGGCUAGGAUGGGAUUUUGCAAAUUUGCCAGUCCAGGUCACACGUCCCCGCUUUUGUUUUGCUUCUUCUUUGUACAUAUUGAACCUAUAAAUCUUCAUUUUGAGAGGGGAAAUUUUCUUCUUCAUGCAGAACGUUUCUUGUAAAAUGUAUGCCUUUUCCCAACAUUAUUCAGCAUGAUCCAUAAUAUGUAUGUGCAUUGUGCACACGAACGCAUGAAUCAUCGAUUCCCACAGUGAAAAUAGGCGGGCUGACACAAUUGACAAUCAGUUCCGGAAACAGAAAGAAGUAAAAGGGUAUAUAUAUUCAUCGCUAGAGAGGGGAGCAGAGGAAAAGAUAUGGGAGGGAGGUGACUAAACCUGCACACGUGCAAUGUUAGCUGUUUCUCCCCUUCACUCACUUUUUGAUGGUCCAUGGAGCUUCAGCUUUUCUGACCUGAUAUCAUGGCCCCAGAUUUAGUUUGACCCUCAUUUGUCCCUAACGCCUUUUGUGUUUUAAAAAGUAGAGGGGACACCUCCCCCCCCCACAUCCACCACCAAAACAAAAACAAGAAAGGACAUAUGUUGCGACUGAUUGCUCAUAUGGCAAAAUGUAGUUAUGGAAAUUUUAUUUCCUCCCCCUCUUUUUCCUUACGGUGUUUUUCCUCCUACUAACUUGGCCCAUUUCCCAAAGCCUCUGGGUAGAUGGCAGCAUUGCAGACCAAUUAAGAUAUGAUUAAUGCACAAACAGAAAAGCCUUUUAGUAUCAUAUACACUAGCAAAGAUUCCUAUAGAAAAUCCUUAUAGAAAGGAAGGGUUUGUCUUCCACUCCUGUGGAUGAAAAUGCUUCGUUUUCGGGGGCAACAUUGGAAGUGACUAGGAACAACACUAGAACACCAGGCAAGACUCAUCAAGUCCAACUUCUCAAAAAUUACUUCUAAAUCCCAUUUUUAUUUCAUUCUCUCUCCAUGGAGCUCAGAAUGGCAUAGAGGGUUACUCCCACCUCUUAUUUUGUCCUCACAAAAGCCCUGCGAGGUAGGAUAAAAGAGAG